AUGGCUUCACCGGACCCAACCCUAGGGGGAAACAUCCCUAAAGCUUCCAGGCCAACCACUCCUUAUUCGUAUGGGGCGCAGCACGACAGCCUGCUUGACAACCUCGCUGCAAGGCAACUUGCAUUUAUCCUGGAGCGAGGCCAGUUGUCAAAGGUUGGAGUAUCCACUCGACUCCGAUGCUUUGCAGCUUUGACGGAGUUACCACACACACACAUGGCGGGCGACGCAGUCGUUGAGCUAGAGUCAUUCCCGUCGACAGAAAAGCCCGACUCUUACCCGAUCUCGACAAAGCAGCUUUAUAAUAGCCUUCCAAUACGACUCGGCUCUCACUGCACUCGGUUGCUAGACAUAGACCCUUCGCCACCGUCCGGCGGGGGGCCAAAUCCUCUCAAAAUCAUCGGCCAUCUUCGCGUAGUGGACUUGCGACAGUCCCCGUCGUUCGUAUCAUUGUCAUAUGUCUGGGGCGUGAAAUCUUCACCGAGUCACGCUGUCGCGUUUCCAUCACAAGAGUGCAGCAUCGAGGUCACGGAGAAUUGCUACCAGGCCCUAUGGCAUAUUCGGAAGCUCUUUGGAGGCGUGUCCAUAUGGGUUGACUCGAUCUGCAUCAAUCAAGACGAUGAGCAGGAAAAGGGGGGUCAAAUAUCGCUCAUGCAAGAGAUAUACAGUUUGGCCAGCUCCGUGUAUGUAUGGCUUGGGCAAGGCAAUGAGGAUUCCGACAAGGCCAUGGAAUACCUGAGGAGGCGAGCUACUCUGGGAAGACGGCUGCCACUGACGCUUCUGGCUUCGAGUGAUUCGGAAAGCAAAGAGCGUGAAUACCGCAAGUUCAAAAAAGCUGCUUGGAGCGACAUAAUAUCCCGAAUGCCAUGGUCCCGGACGAGUGGGGAUGGUAUCAGCUUGGAUAAGCUCCUCGACCGCGAAUGGAUUCACCGAACCUGGACGUUCCAAGAAUUCGCUUUGGCUACGAAUGUUAUCACAAUUUGCGGCGACAAGGCAAUCUCUUGGGACGAGCUUGCUAGCGCUCUUAGUAGCACAUCUAGAGGCUCCGGGCUUCAUAUCGCCGAUUCACUUCCUCUCUCCGAUGUCAUUCUAAAUCAUUGGCGCUCCAUCAUCGAUCUGUGGUUCAACCUACCUCGCCCUCGGCACAUCCAAGGCAGUUGGAAAGAUUGCGGGUCACCAGAACAGACAUCUUUCAGAAAGAGUUUGCUUACGCUGUGGGAAGAGGCCGAGCUACCCCCGGGGGUGCGUUUGCUCUAUUCCAUCGCGAAUGCACUACUUCAAGUUAUUAUCUGGGGUGUCUGGGGCUUCACCUCAUACAAAAUGAUGCUCAGCGCAAAGAAGACUCUUUCGCGAAAAUACCCCGCUAAAGAUCAGGAUUACAUAGCUAGUCGCGCCCUGCCAUGGUUUCUAAUAGUUUUCGGCUGGCUAAUAGCUACCUGGAUUGUCGGCGCGAUAGCUCAUGGGUUGCGUCAACGAUGGCAUUUCCUCAUGCAUGGGUGGAAGCAAGAAUGGCUACACCACGAUCGCAUGAAUUCUGAAGAAUACAGAGUGCUAGAUGCUGUUCGGGCAGCCUUAAGAGAAAGGAAAAGUUCAGACCCGCGAGACAAGUCUUACGCCUUGUACGGGAUUCUCAAAGCUCAUGGAGCAUGUCCGUCGGUGCCAGACUACUCCCUUUCCGUCGGGGAAGUCUAUCAAAACUUUGUGCAGGAUCUUGUUUCCUGGAAGCCUGCUGCCAUCGCCAUCAUUAUGGAUGCAAGCUCGAGGGGUCGAAUGAGCUUCGAUGGACCGACUUGGGUCCCAAAUUGGCAAACCUCAGUACCAAGUGCAUGGUUGACGUCCCAACAUCGGCUUGGAGUAAGUGAGACUUGUACACCGCGCCAGACAGAACCAUCUUUUGGCAUCUCAGGCGCUCAGCUUCAUCUUCAAGGGAUAUGGAGAGGGACUGUCACCUGGAAAAUCAUUAUUCAUCCUACGACUUGCGAUGGGAGCGAUGAGUGCUUGAGAGCAGUACUAUAUCGCAUGUUGCUGUUGAUGGCGGAAAUCAAAGUCCAUGUACCAGCCAAGAAGCCCAAUGAUGUUCCUCUUAGCUCGUUGUUUGCCAUUCUGGAUAAGCUUAGCCCGCAACGAGGACCUACCGGGAGAAUGAUCAAAGGUAGUCCGGGAGGACGCGACACUUCCCCGAGGCCGAGUAGAUGGGAGAAUUUCCCAACUGUGCAAGGACCGUACGACUUCCGGUCGCGGAAGACGGCUUUUGAUAAUUGGGCCUCAUUGUACGAGAUACUUCAGACAUACGUCCCGUCGAUGGGAAGAUCGCCGGUAUUCACGGAUGCGCAAUUGGUUUCCGAGGAUAUCCUGAACGAAAUCAAAGCAAAUCAAUCAGCCUACCGCUACUUGGUCCGACUGCACAACAGGAUCUCGAAGGACAGAAGAUGCCUCUUUUCACUCUCUUCAGGAUUGGUGGGCUCCGGCCCACUCGAAAUGGAGCAGGGAGACCAAGUCUACCUCUUAGUCGGUGUACCUGUGCCGAUGACUCUGCGAAGACAAUCGGGAAGCGGCGCCAUGAAUGUGGUUGGAGCCGCCUUGGUCCAUGGGCUAAUGCAUGGCGAAGAUUUCAAGGAGGGGGAGAAGGAAACAAGUGAUGUGGUCCUCAUUUAA